CAUCCACAAACAGAGAAGAUGUUCUUUGAUAACUUCCUUAGAUUCUACGCUGCUGAAUUGGUCAUAGAAUUGGAAUAUUUACACGGAUUAAGAUUUGUAUACAGAGAUUUAAAGCCGGAAAACAUAAUGAUCCAAGAAAAUGGUCAUCUAAUGCUAAUCGAUUUCGAUCUCUCAACAAAACUCCCUAUAAAAUCUCCACAAUCAAUCUGUCUUACAACAAAACAAUCUCCGCUGGAAAAUAACAAGAAGAAGAAACAGUUAUUCCGAUUUCAGAAAUAUCGCAACUCCGACAUAACACCAGAAGACGAUUCAACAACAAUAAUAACCAUACCUGAACUCGCUUCCAUCCCUACAAAAUCAGACUCGUUCUUCGACACGGAGGAGUAUAUUGCGCCGGAAAUUAUACAUGGAAACGACCAUGAUUUUGUCGUCGACUGGUGGUGCUUAGGUAUUAUUCUAUACGAGAUGUUAUACGGUAUAACUCCUUAUAAAGGAAUAAACAGAAAGGAUACCUUUGACAAAAUACUUCAUAAAUCGCCAUGUCUAGUCGGAGAGACGACGUUUCUACGAGAUCUAAUCCAGAAGCUUCUCGAGAAGGAUCCGAUGAAGAGGUUAGGGAUUGAGGAGAUUAAACGACAUGAUUUCUUCAAAAGUGUUGAUUGGGAAUUGAUCGGGAAGAUUUCUAGACCGCCGUAUUUGCCGAUUGAAGAAGGGGUGAUGAAAGAGAAUGGAGAAAUUGAUGUGGAGAGAUUUGUGCAGAGAGUGUUUGAGGAAGAAGAAGAGAUGAAAGAAAAGGAAAUGACGGUUAUUGAUAAUAUGUAUGUAUUAAUAAGGGUUUUCGAAAACUGUUACUAA